AUGGGUCGCGAACUCCAAAAGAAGAAGGCUAGAUCAGGCCGACAGCCUGUUAGACAGCUCAACAGAUCCAAGAAGAUUCUCAACCCCCGAGGCAACGAUGCUAUUGCAAAGAGCUGGAACAAGAAGGAGACCCUCUCUCAGAACUAUCGCCGUCUCGGUCUCGUAGCUCGUCUCAAGGCCCCUGCCGGUGGAACAGAGAAGCAGCUCGGCGCAACCACAACCAGCGCCUACGCCAACGACCCCUUCGCCAUCGCCACGAUUGAAAACGCCGUCGUCUCCGAAGCGCGUGUCGAGCGCGACGCUGAUGGCAAGAUCAUCCGCAUCAUUGGCUCCGCCAAGCCCAACCCUCUUAACGACCCUCUUAACGACCUUGACGAGGGCAGCGACGCCGAGGACAAGCCUGCUGAGGAGUGGGGCGGCAUCGCAGACAACGCCGACGAGGAGGAGACGACAGACGUCGUCAAGCAGCUCCUCGAGCAGGCCAAGCAGCCUGACUUGCCCAAGAAGAGACACCAGAGUGCUCGCGAGAUUGAGUGGUUGGAGAAGCUGGUCGCCAAGUACGGCGAUGAUACAGGUGCCAUGUCCAGGGAUCGCAAGUUGAACCCUAUGCAGCAGACAUCCGCGAACAUCGCCAAGCGACUUCGCAAGAUGCAAAAGGAGAGCCAGGAGUAA